CUCAUUGGCACGGCACGGCACGGCUCUGGCGCAGGCUCCAUCCAUGCGUCCAGUGCGCGGGCAGCUGUAGCGGAGCCGCGUGGAUAAAAAGCCCCGGUUACCCGUCGGGCUCCGUGCAGACGAAACGAUGCUGGGCUGGAACGAGGAAGUGCAGUGGCGAGGGGAGGGACCGCGUGUGCAGCUCCCGGGGGCCGCCGCUGCCUUCAGACCUGCCGCGUAUGGAACUGGGGAGAGCUGGAAGAACUUCAUACUGCAAACGCAAGGGAUAGCAGAAUACUUGCACCGUAUGGAGACCGAGGAGGCGCAGGAGAUGGCCCCGCUGCCAGGUCGGGAAAGCCCGCCUCCGAACGACACGUCAGAGGAGCCGGAAGAGCCGAUGGCGGUUCCCGAAGACCUGUCCUCAAGCUCCGCCCACCAGCAGAACAACAACAUCAAAGCCGUAGCCGUAAAGGCAGAGAGUGGCGCAGACGUGGAGAGUGGCGUGAACGUAGCGGAGGAGGAGUUUGCAGAGGACUUGCGUGUGGUCGAUCCGUCCGCCCCCAAAAUGAACGGAUCCGGGCCGAGUCCGGGACCCAAGGCCUACCCCGCGUCCGGAGGCAUCAGGCUGCCCAACGGCAAGCUCAAGUGCGAUAUCUGUGGCAUAGUGUGUAUCGGCCCCAAUGUGCUGAUGGUGCACAAGAGGAGCCACACGGGCGAGCGUCCGUUCCAGUGCAGUCAGUGCGGGGCCUCGUUCACUCAGAAGGGAAACCUGCUCCGGCACAUAAAGCUUCACUCUGGAGAAAAGCCCUUUAAAUGUCACCUGUGCAGCUACGCCUGCCGCCGCCGAGACGCCCUCACCGGACACCUGCGCACGCACUCAGUGGGCAAACCUCACAAGUGUGCGUACUGUGGGCGGAGCUACAAACAGAGGAGCUCGCUGGAGGAGCACAAAGAGCGCUGCCAUAACUAUCUGCAGUGUAUGGGGCUGCAGAACAACAUCUACCCAGUAGUGAAGGAGGAGAGCCACAGUGAUGGGAGGGAGGACAUGGGGCAGUCUGGCUGUGACAGAGCCUUGGUGCUCGACAGACUGGCCAAUAAUGUAGCUAAACGGAAGAGCUCUAUGCCACAGAAGUUUGUGGGUGACAAGCGUCUGUCGGACCUCUCCUACGACACCGCCUCCGCAGACCUGAUGCAGCCUCACGUGAUCGACCAGGCCAUAAACAGCGCCAUCAGUUACCUCGGCGCCGAAUCCUUACGCCCCUUGGUCCAAACCUCACCCGGCUCCUCCUCCGACGUCGGCCUGGGCUCCAUGUUCCCGCUCCACAAACCUCAAAACGACAACUCCACCCCGCACAACCUGUCGGCGAAAGACAGCGCCGCCGAGAACCUGCUCCUGCUCUCCAAAUCCAAGUCCGCCUCCAGCGAGAAAGAUGGUUCCCCGAGCCACAGCGGGCACGAAAGCACCGACGACACCGAGAACAACGAGGACCGACCGGCCGGGGGCGCCGCCGCCGGGCUCAUCUACUUAACCAAUCACAUCACCUCCGCGGCGAGGAACGGCGUGAUCCCGCUGGUCAAGGAGGAGCAGCAGAGGCAGUACGAGGCGAUGCGCGUGGGGCUGGAGCUCGCGUCGGAAGGUUUUAAGGUCCUGACGUCGGACGGCGAGCAGGUGCGGGCGUACAGGUGUGAACACUGCCGAGUUCUGUUCCUGGAUCACGUCAUGUACACGAUUCACAUGGGCUGCCACGGUUUCAGAGACCCGCUCGAAUGCAAUCUGUGCGGACACCGGAGCCAGGAUAGAUAUGAGUUUUCGUCGCAUAUCACGAGAGGGGAGCACCGGUAUUAGCGAGUCUGUGAACGCUUCGUAAUAACUACACCGACUUCUCCGUCCUAAAAGCAUGAUUGAAUUCUUAAUGAACAAACAGAGAUUUCUCACAACGGCUGAAAGUGGGAUAAACGUCACUUUGCUUUUCUGCGGCAAAAUAUCUGUGGAAAUGUCUCGCGUAUUUUCCACCAGCUUCGUAAAUCUGCCCCAUCGCCAAACUUCAACCAACAAGAUCCACAAAAGAUAAACAUUCUAACAUGAAGGAUUUAUCCACAACUAUCAGGGUAAGAAAGACGAAAACUUAAAGGCAAACAACAACGACGACACAUUAAUGAACCACUGAGCAAAACCAACGUGAUGGUCGUGAAUAAAACAGAAGUAACUUCACUCAGACUGAUUCUAGAAUUAAAAUAAAAAAUCUAUUUCAUGAUGUCGAUAUUUGCAUAGACAGAGAGAUUUGUGCAGUUUGAAUAAUAAUCUGUGAACAUCUUUAUCUACGUACGCCAAAAUCUACAUCAGGGGUCAUCAAACUAAGGUCCACGGGCCGAAUCUGGCCCUGUACGCCCCUUUGACCGGACCCCAACCUUCCUCCCCCCACCACUUGAACUGGUCCCAUGAGGCAAUCCUCAAAAGUUGUCAUGGUCGAUUUUUUUUUUUGAAGUAGUUUUUGGCAAAUAAUAACACAGCUGCAUCUUGUAUUUUGUUGAUGGUUCAAUAAAAAAAUGAUAUUUAUAUGAAGUAUUUAUAAUAAUUAUGUGACGUAUUACAUUUGCAGCUGAAUUUUCAUCACCUGACAAACUCGCGAUCAAACAGUGACAGUCGACGCAUGAGCAGAGUUCUGUAAAUUCAACAAAAUGACUCGUGUUAAAGUGUGAAAAGUUUACAGAGAGUGCAGAGUUUUCAAAGAACAGUGGACGACCGAUUAUUUUUUUGUUCAGUGUAAAGACUGAGCAGUUUGUCUGAUGUGUAAAGAAAGUGUGGAGGUUUUCAAAGAAUAUAAUCUGCGUCGUCAGGGUCAAACUAUUCUGUUCUACGGCCUCCAUCACAGUCAGGACGAUAAUGUUUGGUGACCUGUGAUCUGCAUCUAGAAUCAGUCUGAGUGAACAAGUUACUGAUUAAUGAGUUACUUAUUACUUCUGUUUUAUUCAUGACCAUAACAUUAGUGUUGCUCAGUAGUUCACUAAUGCGUCG